AUGCUCUUUUCUAUAUGCUCAAAGAUCGAUGUGCUUCUUCAACCAUCAGCUGAAGCUAAUGAGUUGCGAUCACUUUUGUCAUCUUUUCAAAUUCAAGCAGUCUUGCAAGCUCAUGACGUUAUUGUUCACGAAAUUUAUGAAGGCAGUGGUCGAGAGCUAAAUGCACAGGCUUCAAGUAGCUCUGAUAUUAGUCAUCAACAGCUACCAAAUACCUCUUCAAAUGUUCAGAUUUCACAGUUGCCGUUUUCUUAUCUAAAUGGCGGAGUGUUGCCAUUCCAGUCGGCUGUGGCCUCAUCCUCUCAUGAAAUGCCUUCUUCCAUUAUACCACCUCUUUUCGAUGAUGAUGAUGAUUUGAUGAUGGAUGUAGUUAGCCGAGUUCGACUCGUUCAAUUUCAAAAAGAUACCGAAGAACCAAUGGGUAUUACUCUGAAAGUGACUGAAGAUGGCCAUUGUCUUGUGGCAAGAAUAAUGCAUGGAGGAAUGAUCCAUAGACAAGCAACACUUCAUGUUGGGGAUGAAAUUCGUGAGAUCAAUGGAGUAAGUGUGAACAAUCAAAGCGUUGAAGCACUGCAACGAAUGCUGCGCGACGCUCGAGGAGCAGUUACAUUUAAAAUUGUUCCCUCAUAUAGGAGUGCGCCUCCUGCUUGUGAAAUAUUUGUACGUGCUCAAUUUGAUUAUGAUCCAGCUCAAGAUGAUCUGAUUCCUUGUCCACAAGCCGGAGUGCCAUUUAAAACUGGGGAUAUAUUACAGGUAAUAUCUAAAGAUGAUCAUAAUUGGUGGCAAGCACGUUUUGUUUGUACAUUUCCUGCGCUGGGUUCAUCUCACAGUGGUAAUCAAACGCCUGGAGCAUCGGUAGCUGGGCUUAUUCCUUCGCCAGAACUUCAGGAAUGGAGAACUGCUUGUCUUGCUAUGGAAAGGGCCAAAGACAAUACUCAUUGUAUGUGGUUCAAUAAAAAGAAAAAAUAUUAUACGACCAAAUAUCUGCAGAAGCAUUCCGCACUUUUUGAUCAACUUGAUCUCGUCACUUAUGAAGAGGUUAUACGAUUAGCCACAUAUAGGAGAAAAACUUUGGUGUUGCUCGGUGCUCAUGGUGUAGGCAGGCGGCAUAUCAAAAAUACUUUAAUUCAUAGGCAUCCACAACGAUUCGCUUAUCCUAUUCCACAUACUACAAGGCAGCCACGUAAAGACGAAUUAGAAGGAAAACAUUAUUAUUUUGUUUCAAGUGAUUGCAUGUUAGCUGAUAUCCAAGCGAAUGAAUAUUUGGAAUACGGUACUCAUGAGGAAUGUAUGUAUGGAACAAAGCUUGAAACAAUAAGAAAUAUUCAUAGAACUGGCAAGAUGGCUAUUUUAGAUGUUGAACCUCAGGCUUUGAAAGUGCUCAGGACAGCUGAAUAUUCACCAUUUGUUGUUUUUAUUGCUGCGCCGAAUCUUCAAGGUUUGCAAGAUCCUGAUGGUAGCUUGGAGCGAUUAUUAAAAGAAAGCGAGAUUCUUCGUCAAGCUUUUGGACACCUUUUUGAUUAUAUGAUUAUCAACAAUGAUAUCGAUGAAACGAUUCGACAGUUAGAGCUUAUUGUUGAAAAACUCCAUGCUUGCCCUCAGUGGGUGCCUGUUUCUUGGGUUUAUUGA